AUGUCGACCCACAUGCACCAUGCAAACCAUGAUGAUGGUACCAGCUGCCAAUGUGUGGCAAGAUCAGCAGCAUAUUCUCAAAACCUGGAUGAGCUGGAUUUUACCAGAGGAAUUUGGUUUGCUGCAAUAAAUGGUGAAAUUGAAGAGGUUCAAAAGUAUUUGGAUAAGAAAUCUUCUCCAGAUGUGUUAGAUAGUUCUGGUUAUAGUGCUUUGGUAAUAAUACCCUCCUAUAUAUUGUAAGACUUGUAAUACAAUUUAAAAGCCCACCUGAUCAUAAAUUUCCAGAAAAGGUAGCGACGUAGCGUUGCAUCAUUAUGUAUAUUAUUUUCCCAAGGAUGGUAAGAAAAAUAUAUGCUGGAUGGUUGCCAUCCCGACGUCACCAGACAAAGCUCUUUGAUUGGCUGGCUGAAAUAUUGGCCAAUCAGGGAGCUUUAUUUUGUGAUGUUGGGACAUCCCAUAUAUGUUUAUGUGCGACUUUUUGGCAUUUAGUUUUUGCGGUAUACAGUGUUAUAGAUCAGUAUUUUCUUGCCAACCUUGGGAAUAUACAAGAUGCAACAUGCCACAGGCAAAAAUGCACAACCUGUUCAGGGUUGAUGUUGACAUCCAUGAACAAUGUUGUGCUGCACCCCUUGGACAAUGCUGUUGUUAUGCAUGUAAGUAAGCAUAAAGAUAUAAGAGUAAUUUACUCUAAUCCAUAAUCACAUAGUUCCCAAAUAUACAUAAAAACCCAUCCCCCAGGAGGUCAUCGGUAGCUUCUGAGUAUGACGCAUGACAUCUCUCCUCCUUUGCAAACGGUUGAGAUACAACUUAUAAGAUUAAUACUUAGAAAUUAAAAGUAAGAAAAAAAAUUAAUGCCAGACUGUUCAUUAAAGGUGAUCUACAGUCCGAUCUGCGCAUGUGCACAAAUGAGCCCACUUUUUAUGAUACAAACAGUUUAACUAUGUUUUGAGUUCUUGAAAAGCCUGAUUGUUGUUUCUUGAUCAUUUAUUGUGGUUAGCUGCGCAUACGCAGCUAACCACUAUGUGAGAGACUGAUGCGCGAUCUUCCGUUUCUCUGUGGCCUUCGUGUCCGCGGUGUCCUGCUGCGCGGUUCCUUUUAUCCUUGAAAUACGAACCAUCUGUAGACCACAGGCUAAGUUCACUAACGCUCAUACCGUACAGAGAUGUGUAUAAAUUCUUAGUAAAGUCUUUAUUGUAAUAUGUUUUGUCAGGUCGACAGUCAUUUCCAACGCAUAUACAGUAGAAUCGAAUAUGUCGUUGUUUUUAUAAUCACUGCUUGUACAAGGGUCAUUGGGAUUAAUCAAAUCAAAUCAAAUCAAAUCAAAUAUAUUUUUGCCACAAAAAAUAACAGUAUAGAAAAUAUACAAUUAAAGAAUUAUAAACGGCAAGGAAGCCCAAAUUAAUAUUAGCGCACGGGGUCUGUUUUAUAUCGUGCAAUGUCAUAUUUAAACACGACAUAUCAGUUUCAUCAAACAUUUUAUACGUAUUAGAAAAAUAUAGUAAUUAAUGAUAUAGCGCGCGACGAUUGGACAUAUUUACGUUAGUCUAUAUCGAAGGAAUGUUGACGAAUGACUAACAUAUAGGUAUAUAGAAUCGAGUAUGUCGUUGCUUACAUAACUUUGUAAGGCCACGUCAUUGGAAUCGGGUUAGUCGAAUGUGUAAGUUAAGGCAAAUAGAAAGCCAAGCACGGUUUACACAAGGAUUAAAUUAGGCAGUGGAAUAUUAGCGCUUUUUAGUGUGAAGUUUCACUUCACACUGUUGUGAUGGCUGGCGAAUUCACACGAAUCAGUCAGACAGGCAAUCAGAUAGUCAGGCAAUCAGUCAGUCAUGGAGUAAACUUUCCGGGGGGGGUGUACGAUUUAUGUUCGCAGUGAUUUAUUGUACUUAAUCAGUGCUUUGAAGGUUAUUUAAGCAAUUUUAUUUAUUUUCUUUAAAUAUUCUUUUGUCCUUUUGCCAAGUUCACGAAAAUUUCGAGGAAUCGUUGUCGUUAUUGUAAAUUUUUGUAAUUUCAGAACAUUCGCUUCUCAUGUUGUGUAAAGGAUCUGUCCCCCCGGAACACCCGAUUUUUCUAUAGCAGGGCAAAUGCGCAUGCGCUAUGAAGGCGUAGAUCACGAUGCUAGGAAGGAGCGACAGUGUUGUUUUCAAAUGCAGUAUUAAUUUAAACAUUUCAGACGUGAAUAUUGAGUAAAUCUUUGAGAAUCUACGCAAUAUAUAAAUUUGUGUUAUGCAUGACGGUCUUUCAAUCAAGUACUGAUAUAUGUGGACGGUAUAUUCAUUAAUAUCACUUAUACAGAGCUAGGAAGGAGCGACGUGACAGUGUUGUUUUCAAAUGUAUAAACAUUUCAGACGUAAAUAUUGAGAAAAUCUUUGAGAUUCUAGGCAUUCAAUUGAGUGCCGAUAUUAUUUUCACGGCACACUCGUUAUACAGAGGUACAGUAUACGUAGGCAGAAGCGAGACAGUGUUGUUUUCAAGUAUAUACAGAUUUCAGACAUGGCCUGAAUAUUGUGAGAAAAUCUUUGUACUUUGAGAUUCUACGCAAUAAUACUAUUAUGUAGUAUUAUGUUGUGCAUUACCGGUAUUCAAUUAAGUGCCCAUCGAUAUUAUUUAGAACGUAUAUUCAUUAUACACUGUCAUUGACUGUAUAAGGUGCUACAUCACAGAAUAGAUGGCUACGCUCAGUACAAAGAGCGAAACAACUAUUAUUAAACAGAAGCGGGUAAACGUUUGUACGGCGUUUACGAAGAAAAUAACUUGCGAGUCAGAGCUCCUCAAUUAAAUAAGAAAAACGAGGAGAUAGCCAAUGCGUUAUCACCAACGUGUUAUCGCCAAUCGCUUGGCUCGCCAACAAGCUUUAUGCAAUAGAAAAAAAAAGCAAGGAGGUACAUGUAGCCAACGUGUACCGUCACGGGCCUUGUCUUUCUUUACUGUCUAGCGCGGCGCCGUUGUCAACGGUGUAAACUCUUGUUCAGUGCAACGAUAACACUACCAGAUCUUACGAGAAUCAAUCUGUAGUAUUCUGUAAAGAGAAGUGUUCAAAUCUUGUCAAAACUGCUUUAAACACUGCUUAAUUGUAAAACUAUUGAAAUCUAUUAAAAUGACAUUAUUCAACACAUGCGAAAAGCUGAAAAUAGACGUGACACUGGGAAAAGUCAAAGGUCAAUGAAACUUGUUAUUGUGAAGCAUGUCACAAUUAGGUUAAAAUGCGGAAGCGGAUGGAGCGGAUCCGCGGAACGGAUAUGCGGUUAGAAUACGGAACGGAUGAGAAUAAAAUGCGUCCUUUUAAUGAUGUAACGACGUAGUCCUUAUUAUUCAUAACAUAUCUUACACAGCUAUUUCAAUUAUAGUUUUAGAUAAAUUUAGCAUAGCAGUAGCCUCGUGGGGAGCUUUUAGCGACAGCUGCAAAUGCAAAUGAAAAUUUAGAAUAUGCAAAAUUUGGUUGUUGGCGAAACCAUUUAAAUUUUGAAUUGUCUCGUGUAGCAUCGUGUAGCAUCACAAUAAAUAGAUGAAUUGCAUCAGUUUCACAAGGCAAGUUUCUUAUGUGUUAGGCUUAUUUCAAACGUCACGCUACUCGUGUGCCGAGCGUAUUAAAAGCAGUAAAUAAUGAGAUGUAAGCCAUCAGCUUUUCUAGGUUGUCGGCGACCAUAUAUAGUUCCUGAAUUGUCUUUUCAAUUCGAAACUUCACACUAUCCUUGGAUCCCUAGUUUACUUUGGGAUAUAUUUGUCGAAUAUUGAAAGCAAAUUGAGGCCCCGUUUACACUAUACCGGAUUGCUAUCGGAGUGGGUCAAAUUUUGUAGGUAUCGAAAGGCUGUGAAGAUUUUUAAUCUCAGAGACCCAAAUAAACAUGCCAAUUCUGUCAAACUAAUAAGCAUUUGCUACUAACCAUUGCUCCGUAACGGCAAAAGAAGAUGUCGUGACCAACGAAUCCGGCAUAGUGUAAACAGGGCCUGAAUGUUAUUAAGUUUAUUACCAAUAUAUAUGAGAUCGAUUAUGUCGUUGUUUAAAUAAUUCAGUCAUCACUAAAUAAAGUAUAUGUUGAUCGUCCUUAGAUCUUCGCAUGGACUAUCCUUGAAACUCAAACUUCACGAAAAUUGUAUAUACGCAGCCUGUAAACCUGAUGCUUUGUCUUUGAUGUAUGCUGUCCUUGAACAAGAACUGUUCUUGUCUUAAGUAUUUUUCGUAUUGUCUAGUAUUUCGGCGUGUGAUGUAUUUGUACUGUUCUGUCUGUUCAGUGUGCAAAUUAUUUUUGACACAUUAAAAUACUUUGUAACUUCUUAAAUCUGUUUAUAUGCUUAUUGAAAAAUGCAAGUAACAUAUCUGAUGUUCAGUAUGCCAUUAAAUGUGUGUAUAAUAUUUGAAUUGUGUUCAAUUUACUUAAUACUUUCUUUCAGUAAAUUCGGAAUUUGACAAUAGCAAUUAAGGUGGAGUAAUAUACUAAUAUGGGCAACAAAAUUGCUGCAACUUGCAAAUUGAAAUGUUUUGUCAACAUUUCUACUUAAAAUGCGUUGAAAUCAGAUUUUGUUGCAGAAAUGUUGGCUGCAGCAAUUUUGUUGCGCGUAUUACUCCAACCUUGGUAUUACUCCAGCUUUAACAACAAUUAAUGCAGGCUACCCACAUGUACGCAGCGCGUACCUAUUUUUAUACUCUAGAAGCUUGAAAAUAUAAAUAGUUGUCGAAUAAAGCUCAAUAUUUUGGACACAAAAAUGUAAACAAAGGCUUUGUUUACAUACGUACUGUAGAUCACCUUUAACUGUCCGUGCUGACAAAUAAUAAUAAUUUAAUCAACAAUAAAUUAAGUUCUCAAUAAAGUUCAUAAUCUUUAAAUCUGCUGGGUGGACGCAUGGUUCUUCCAGCGCGGGUAAUGUAAGAUGGAACUUGAAGCCUUGUUGAAGCUCCUCGGUUUGUGUAACAACUUCACCUUGACCAGGUUGUGAAGAUGACGUGGCAGGUGGUGGAUCAGGUUCCAAGUCUGACGUGGUAGGCGGUAGAUCUUCAAUUGAGUCUUGAGGGGAGUGACUAGUGUAUGGUUGCAGUGGGUGUGCUUCGUGAAUCGUGAAUUGAGAUGGUGCUGUUGUUGGUCGAAUCUGGGUGCGAUUUCGGCGAAUAACAUUUUUUUUUUUAAUUCGUCUAAUUCGACCAUACGUCCACGGUUGUCCACGCAGAGUUGGUCGUGGUUUUGCAUAUGCAUAUGAUCCCAUAGGUAAAGAAGGCAGGGAAGACUGUACUGUUUUGUCAUAGGAGGCCUUAGAUGCUGCUCGAUGGUUGGCAAUCUCUUGGGUCACAGUUCGGGGAUCAGGUGAAUCUGGUGGUAGACUAGAACUGGUGCGUCUUCCCAUCAGACGUUGCGCCGGAGAAAACGAAUAACCACGUGGUGGGGUUUUGCGUAUGUUAAGGAGGGCAAGGUGGUAAUCUUGUGACUUCUUUGAAACAGAUUUAGCACCCUUAACAGCAGCUUCCGCUUUUCCAUUGCUUUGUGACCAAUAAGGGGAAGAAGUUAUGUGCUCAAACCCAUACGACUGUGCGAAAAUCUGGUAUUCUCUCGACAUAAACUGUGGACCGUUGUCUGUAAGACAGCACAGAGGGAUGCCAUGUCGUGCAAAAUGAGCUCUCAUGUGCUGGACGAUUGUUGUAGAUAGGGUAUCUUUGAGUUGAUCUAACUCAUAAAAGUCACUAUAGUGGUCCACCGUGACAAGAUAAUAGAUCUUGUUAAGCUCAAAUAUAUCUUGUGAUACACAUUGCCAGGGACACGUUGGUACUGGAUGUGAUAACAUGGGCUCUGCGGCGGCUUGGUUGCUUUUCCAGGCCAAAAAACAGACUCCCGUGCAAAACGAAGGCAACACUCAGGACCUCUACGGGAUUGGUGAAUCUUAACUAAUGUCUCAGCUCUAAAUGACACUGGAACGACGAUGCGAGUGGAUUUGAGUAUAAGGCCAUCAGCGAUGGUGAGUUCAUUUCUGAAGUUUCAAAAAGAGGAGUUGUUUAAGUAACUGCUGCUUUGUUUGUGACGUUAGCUUUACCCAAAAGCCACUUGUCAAACUUGUUAAACGCUUCCACAAUAGCAAGGCACUCUUUUUCAAUUUGAGCGUAGCGCUGUUCAGUCGCGGUCAGGCUUUUAGAGCUAUAAGUCAACGAUUGAAGGGGCUUUUCGUCAAAAGUGCCGUCACUUUCUUGCCGAGAAGGCGGAAGAAGGGCUGCCCCAAGGCCGUAGUCCGAAGCGUCCACUUGGAGUACCACAGAUGCGUUCACAUCGUAGUAUUGAAGGCAAGGUGCAGAGGUUGCUAGUGACUUGGCUUCAGCAAACGCUUUCUGGUGUUGGUUAGACCACACAAAUGGCACAUCGUCCUUGGUAAGGGCUCGUAGUGGUUGUAUGACGCUGCUCAGCCGGGAACAGAAUUAAUUUGCUCAGAUAGUUGAUAGCCCCCAAGAAUCGGCGGAUUCCCUGCUUGUCAUGGGGUGUUGGUAAAUUCGUCACAGCUUCAACCGUUGUUGGAUCUGGUCGAAGGCCAUCUCAUUCUGGAGUAAUUAGAUGACCCAUAAAGGUGGCACUUGUCGUCAUAAAUUUCAUCUUGGCGGCAUUGAUCUUGACAUGAUUUUGCUUAAGGCGUUCAAGGACUGCGAUAAGAUUCUGGUCGUGAUCAACCCUGGCCUCUUUAUCUGUGUCACCACAUCCUGGAACUAGGAUAUCAUCCGCAAUGCUUAUGACUGUGAGGCCUUCAAGGACCAUGUGGAUCCGACGCUGCCACUCUUCAGAUGCAGAAGAUAUCACAAACGUAAGUCGCGUCCAUCUAUAGCGCCCCCAAGGGGUAGACAUAGUGGUCAUCAGGGAGGAGCGGGAAGUCAAUGGGAUAUUCUGGAAUGCUUCUUUUACAUCGAUAACUGUCAUGCACUUUACAUUAUGUAACUUGUGCAAGUUCUCCUCCAAGGUGGGAAUGAUGUAUUUUGGCCGACGUAUUGCCUUGUUGAGGGUCUGCGAUGGAUCUAGACAAACACGGAUCUUGCCUGGCUUGGUUGGUGUUGCCAUUCUUUCUCGGAUAACCAUAUUAGAUAUCCACUCAGUCGGUUCUGAUACUCUUACCAAUUGCCCUGUAGCCUCAUAAGAAUCUAGCGCUGCCUUGAUUUUAUCAAGCUUGGAAACCGGCUGACGAUGGACAGGAGCAUGGGUAGGUUUGACAUUUCGAUCAAGAUCAAGGUCAACCGGUGGACCCAGGUGUCCUAUUCCUUUAAACAAAGAGGGGCAUUGUUGAGAAAUGAAGUCCAUGGUUAAAGCCCCAUAAGGUGGCCAGACUCUUUUGGUUAUUACGGGUAGAGCUGGUGGUGGUCCAAUCGCUGAGGCAGUGAUAUCUUGCUCUGUCAAGGUUUCAUUUGCAGCCCUCCAAGUACAUCCGCGAACGAAAUCGACAUCAAGGGACAGUGCCCCUAACUUGACCAAUCGGAUGAAUAGAUGACCCCGCAUAAGGUUGCAAAACUGCAUUUGACGGCUCGAGACGUGCCCAUGGGAUGUCGAAGGGUAUUACAAGAUGCAACUGAAUCAAUUUGAAAAAGGACUUUUAUGGAAUCACCAGGCUGGCCCGAUUGUGGUCUUGAUAGAGUCAGCAUUACAAAGUAACUGUUUCCGCCUGUUUUCGGGUGCUGCGUGGUUGAGGUCUGUUCAGGCUGCUUCUGGUUUGAAAUGACAAAACAUGACUGCUCAUGCUUAAAUGCUUCUUCCCAACAAGGGCGAGGUGGGUCUUGGUUGAGCAACCUGACUUGUUCCCGUUUGAUCUUCCUAUCUUUGGCUGCCUGCAUGCACACUUUGGCUUUGGCAAAGUGUUUUUCGGCAGUAGCUACAGGUUUUCCCGUGCGCAGGACAUAACUCACGAGGGUGACUUUGCUUGUUGCCACAGUAUCAACAGGGCUUUAAAUUCAUAUUCGGCUUGGCGGGCCUUGCUAAUAACUUGGGUAGAUCCCUGGAUGCUGAAGUGUAGUGGACUUGCUCUUCAGUUGUCGAAUGUUGGAGCAUUUUACUUGUGUUCUGUGCUGCCUCAUAGGAUAGAGCUUGACUAACAACGAAGGCUAGGGUGAAUGGAGGGUCCUCUGGCUUUCUUUGACCAUCCCGAUAGAAAAUAUCCGCGCGAAAAUAUGGCUGAAUGAUUCAUUAAGGUUGAACAGAAAUUUGUCACGCAUGAACUCAUCAGAUUGAGCUCCAAACGGACAGCGGCCUGCUGCCGUACGAACCAUAGUUUCCCACAUUGCUGUUGGCGGUUGUGUCAUUUUCACCCAGAAGUGAUAACGAUCUUGUAUUAAGGUGCUCGCCCCAACAUAAUGCUCCUUGAUUUUCUGUAGCCAUACCCAAGGUUUUUGUUGAUCAUCUGCUAAUAUUUUUGAAGCAAUUACAUCGUCAAGCGUGUUCCAUUCUGAGUUUUGUAUAGCUGUCCAAAGUACAGCUAUUUCGAAAGACCGCUUAGCUGCGAUUUAAUGACUAAUGGUCAUUCGUUUGAGCAGUUCUAUCUUUUGUCGGAUCUCUGUACCCUUCGAGCAAACAGUAAUCAUGAAACCGAGUUUCCCAAUGUCUGAAAUGAUCUCCAUUGGCCCGAACCGCUUGCAUGAACGUCCAAUAUUGGUUUCUCGUUCUUUGGCAUUGCUCGUUUGUUGUGUUGCUUUUAGUGAUGCAAUUCGAAAAUACAAAUUUUCAAAAUUCAAAAUGGCGGUCGAAAUGCUCGCACGAUUUCGCCGAUUUUUUGUUUGUUUCUGAACUUCUAACCAGUGUUUAGGCGGCGAAUAAAGGUAGAUUGCACCUUUAUAAUUCCUCGUUUCGAUUUAUCCCACUCUUGACACAAUGUUAUGCGUGUAAGUAACUAAAGUAAGCACAAAGAUAUAAGAGUAAUGUACUUUAAUCCAUAAUCACAUAGUCCCCACAUAUACAUGAAAACCCAUCCCCCAGGAGGUCAUCGAUACCUUCUGAGUAUGACGCAUGACACUGUUAACAAUAUUUACACUCUAUCAGUCUGUAAAUCACUAGAUAAUUUUCAGUCAAGAUCAAUCAAGCGCCUCAGUUGGCGACUUUAUUAAAAGUUGAGCCCACCCUAGUAUUGCAUAUUCACCAGGAAGAACUCUCGAAAGUCAGACACUCUCUGACUAUAAAUGGCUUAAUAUGUCGUCACUGUUCAUAUAACAAAGUUCAAAUUUAUCUUUUUAUAGCAUUAUGCAGCUCGCCAUGGUCAUUUAAAUGUUUGCAAGAUCUUGUUAAUAUCUGGUGCUAACCCUGACAGUUUAACGCGUGCUGGAAAGGCCAGUCCAUUACACAGAGCAGCUUAUAGUGGACACAGUGACAUUGUAAAAAUAUUAGCUGAACAUGGAGCACAAUUGGAUUUGGUUGAUAUUGAUGGACAAACAGCAUUACACAAG